AUGCCUGUCAUGAAAAUCAUUCUCAACGAUAUUGUCGAUAAGAGACGUUGUAAAACAUGCGGUAAAAGCAACAGUACAUACACUUGUGACGGUUGCCAGUCAGUAUUUUGCCAGAAGCAUCUUCUUCGACAUCGGCAGGAUUUGGCCUAUCAAUUUGAAGACGUGAUGCAUAAUCAUGAAUUGCUUGGACAAGACAUUAAACGAUCGUCAAAUGAAUACAAUUAUUUACAUAGGAUCAAUGAAUGGGAACAGGAUGCAAUCCAGAAAGUGAGAUCGACUGCAGAAAAUGCUCGAGAAGAAGUGAGACAAAUCCUUGCUAAAAACAAACAAAGAUUCAUGAGAAUAUCUCGUGCAAUUGCUUUGGAUUUAAAGGCAUCUUACAAAGCAGAUGAUUUUCAAGAAAAUGAUUUGAAACGAUGGAUGACGCAGCUCAAUGAUCUUCGAAGAGAAAUUCAAUCAUCCAACUGCCUUCAACUCAUGGAAGAUCAACAAUUAUCGAUUCCUCUUAUCACAAUUGCUCACAGAAAACUUCCAGGUCUGAUUAAUCAUGACCACAAAGCAUCUCAUUCAAGUCUCGCAAAAGAACGCUUUCUCAAAGCAACAUAUCCUGCUUCGAUACAUAAUGAUGGUCUUAUCGCAAAACAUAUUGGUAACGAAAUGGAUUACGGACAUGUUAUUGGUACCCAAUUCUAUUCUCGAGGUUGUCAUACUAUUCGACUGAAAAUCCUUCGAAGCACAGCUCCAUAUAAUAUCUUUUUCGGUUGUAUAUCAUCUGAACGAAUACCGAGUAUAAUGAACUACAAUUCAUCUUUUGCUGUCGGAUGGUUUGGUCAUAAUGAAAUCUAUCAGCAUGGCAUCUGGAAUAAUAAUGUUCGCAUACAUGAUUAUAGUAGUAAUGAUAUGCAAACAAAUGACACUGUAUGUUUAACAUUCGAUUGUGAUAAGAAAAGUAUUGGAUUGUUUCAUGAGCGAACGAACAAAACAUAUAAAUUGGCAGUUAAUACAGAUAAAGCACCAUUUCCUUGGCAGCUUCUAGUGGUGUUAGUCAAUGAAGGCGAUUCUGUCAAAGUUCUACCAAAUAAUUAA